CAACACUCGCGUUUGACGUCGACUAUUCCCUUCCCAGGCUCUCGUAUUCCGCCUCUGUCAUCUCUUCCUUCUUCCACUUCCCUUCGUUUAUCAAUCCUUGGAUUAUGCGCACUCACUGCUGGUGUCAGGGAGUCUCACGCGGAGCGCGUUUGUUGUCAUCUUAGGUUUCGGUGGUCUGGACUCUAUAACUAUGGCGAGCCAACUUGUAGGCGCCGCCGUUCAUCAUUUAAUACGUGCUGCGGACUUAGAUUCGGACCCUGACGAUGAAACACCCGAGGCUGGUAAAAAGGAGUUCUUCAGCUCCUGGGCGCUCUUUAUCAUGAUAAUGUUGUUGAUGUUUGCGUUGUUUACGAGCUACAUUCUUCAACAGCGGAAGAUUCAGGCCGUCCAUGAAACGGUUCUUUCUAUAUUUGCUGGCAUGUUCGUUGGCUUGAUUAUCCGUCUGAGUCCCGAGUCGCCUAUUCGAGAUAGUGUUACGUUCGAUUACCAAUUCUUCUUUAAUUUGCUUCUUCCUCCCAUUAUUUUAGCCUCUGGUUAUGAGUUACACCAGGCGAAUUUCUUCCGCAAUAUCGGUACCAUCCUCACGUUUGCCUUUGCCGGAACCUUCAUCACCGCCAUUGUGCUUGGACUUGUACUAUACCUUUGGACCCGCAUUCCUUUAGAUGGCCUGAACAUUUCUUUUGUUGAGGCGAUCGCUGUUGGAGCGACUCUCUCUGCAACGGAUCCCGUGACGAUCCUCGCGAUUUUCAACCUCUACAAAGUGGAGCCAAAGCUCUACACGGUCAUCUUCGGCGAGUCUAUUCUGAAUGAUGCCAUCGCUAUCGUGUUAUUUGAGACAGCGCAGAAAUAUGCGGACAGCGAUGCUGGUUCCUUAACGGUACUUAACCUGUUUGAAGCCAUUGGGCUGUUCCUGCUCGUUUUCUUCGGAAGUAUGUUGGUGGGCAUAGUUGUCGGCAUUGCAACGGCUCUUGGCCUUAAACACACGCUCGUGCGCCGUAUGCCAAAGAUUGAGAGUUGCUUGGUUGUCCUCAUCGCAUAUGCCAGCUACUUCUUCUCCAACGGUGUCUAUCUAUCCGGAAUUGUCUCCCUCCUCUUCUGUGGCAUUACGCUGAAGCAUUACGCCUACUACAAUAUGUCACGUCGAACGCAAUUAACCACCAAGUAUCUGUUCCAAGUGAUGGCUCAACUAUCAGAGAAUUUCAUUUUCAUCUAUCUCGGCCUGGACCUGUUCGUUGAGACAAACCUGCAGUUCAAACCCCUCUUCAUCCUAGUGUCGGUUUUCGGUAUCUGCGUCGCGCGGUAUCUUUCGGUCUUCCCGUUAUCCAAAGCAAUAAACUGGUUCAUCCGAUACAGAGCUCGACGUCGUGGAAAGGAUGUGGCGGACGAGUUGCCAUUUGCCUAUCAAGCAAUGCUUUUCUGGGCCGGACUGCGCGGAGCUGUCGGUGUUGCCCUAGCUGCGGGUCUGAAGGGCGUAAACGCACCGGCAUUGCGAGCAACAGUGCUUGUGGUUGUCGUUCUAACAGUGAUCAUUUUUGGAGGUACGACGGCUCGAAUGCUAGAGAUCCUAGGGAUUAGAACUGGUGUAGCCGACGAGAUUGACUCGGACGAUGAAUUCGACAUCGAGGUUACCUACGGGGGAACUUAUUACAAGCGUGACACGGCGAUCGGUUAUACUCCUCGCCGCAUAGGCUCGACGAUCCCUCUGGAUGGUGUUGGCAGGGCUGGUAGCUAUUCUAGCGGAAACAGUCGCAUUCCGAAUCCUCGGUCGCAAUCUGCAGGUGGCCGUAAAGGAAGUUCCUGGCGGGCCUAUCGUAGCCGGGAUCGCAAUGCUUGCCGGGACAAAUCGUCAACGGCGACGCUUCUUGGAGGUAAUGGUAGGAGUCACAGCGCGAGCAGUAAUGACAGCGACGAAGAGUUUAUCCCUGAAGAAACGGCUGGCGCGAGUGGAGUUGCUCCCGAAGUACAACCCCCGGACGAGUUCGAAUUGGACCUAGAUGAUGGCGUCUCCGAUGAUGAUCUGCCGCCAUCUGCACCCACGCGGCUUCGGCGGUCUGUCUCCCAUCCUCAGAACCUGGAGCCAUCGCAGGCGACUCCAUCGUCAAGCACGUCCCCACAAAGACGAGAGGCGGGACGAAGUGCGAGGGAGACUCUCCGAACCAUCUUCUCUGGCGGACCGUCCGGCGACCACGCAGCAUGGUUCCGACAGCUUGACGAAGACUAUAUCAAACCUACACUGCUUCUAGACCAGUCGAAUCAUAAGGGACCAGGCGCGGUUUAGGCCGAUCUAUUUUCUUUCUUGCUUUCUCUCCUUUUUCUCUCUUUUUUUUCUUCAUAUUUCGUGUAUUUCUGCUACUCCUUUGCGGGUGCACCCAGCCCCCUUCUUCUGUUUCCGCCCUAUGUUUGCCUGGACCUGUUCCUUAUAAUGGAAUGCUGUUGCAUCAAACGAUACUUGUGGCAUUAUUUUCUACCAAGGGAAUGAGAUUCUGUAUGAAUAUGUUUAUUAUUAGAACUAUGCAAUUGAAUACGAACGUGAAUUGAUAUGUAUACUGCACCGGAACAGGUCUCGGAACUGAAGAGCAUUCCUUAUCUAUGGUAGCAUUCGUG